AUGACUGACUCAACCAACAUUGUGACGCUCGAUUCGACUAUUGUCAACCGAGUGCCUGCUUACUGCCAGCCCCUGUUCGAGGCCAAGGCCAAGGGCAAGCUCACCUUUGAACAGAUUGCAAAGGAGCUGGGCCGCGGCGAGGUCGCCGUGGCCGCCCUGUUCUACGGGCAGGCACGUGCAUCGGCCGAAGACAUCGAAAAGCUGGCGUCGGUGCUUGACAUUCCCGCUGCGACGCUCGCGGCCUCAAUGGCGGGCGUGCCUGACCGCGGCCGGGCCGGGCCAAUGCCCCCCGUGGAACCGCUCAUCUACCGGCUUUACGAGAUUGUGCAGAACUAUGGGUACGCGUUCAAGGCCGUUAUCAACGAAAAGUUUGGCGACGGCAUUAUGAGCGGCAUUGCCUUCUCGUCCAAGGUGGACAAGGAGAUUGACCAAGAUGGAGUCACAUGGGUUAACAUCACACUGCGUGGCAAGUGGUUGACUUACAGCCGCUUUUAA